CGUCCUUUUUGCCUAUCCAUCCAUCCAUUCGUUGUUGACGUUAGACCGGUGAUGGAGAAGCAGAGGCACCGCCACCGGCGCCGCUAAGCAUAGCAACGACAGAGAAAGACGGAAGAAAAAAGAGCGGGAUAACGGAUACACGGAGCGGAUGGAGAGGAUGGAAACCGUGGAGCAACUCGUCUCCUUCCACCACAUUCAGGUCCAGUUGAGCGGGGGCGCGCCUUGGGGGUUCACGCUGAAAGGAGGGCUCGAGCACGGCGAGCCGCUCAUCAUCACCAAAAUCGAGGAUGGAGGGAAAGCUGCCCACUGCAAGAAGCUGAAAGUUGGCGAUGAACUCAUUAACAUAAACGGAUCGGCCCUCUACGGCAGCAGACAGGAAGCCCUGAUCCUCAUUAAGGGAUCCUACAGGAUACUGAAGCUCAUAGUCAGGAGACGCAGCGUCCCUCUCAUCAGGCCUCACUCCUGGCACCUGGCAAAGCUGUCGGAGCUACCCUUCCCUCCCCCUCCCCCUCCCCCAUCCCCCCCUCCAACACCACCCUGCCUCCCCCCUGCCGACUCCCCACCUCUCCCCCCUCCGCCCCCUCCGCCUGCCAUGCAGCUCCACCCCGGCCCUUACACAUUAUCCUGGCACACGACUGAAAACAGCGACUUGUCCAUGCAGUGGGGUCAGCUGUCCGGACCUUACUCCUCCACUGACCGAAGCAGUUCCCUGGGCUCCAUGGAGAGCUUGGAUACACCUACACCCACCACGCAGCCAUACUCUGACUCCCAUAAUUCACCCGUUGAUCCUGCCCUCUUCAACAACAAGAGAGAUUCUGCCUACAGCUCCUUCUCCGCCAGCUCAAACACAUCUGACUACGCAACAGUGCCUCUAAGGCCCGGUGAAGCCAGCUCCAUGGAUAACCUCUUGUCUGGUCAAGGCUACCCUGUUAGCGAUGCUGCAACCCUGUGUGGGUCACCUAGGGAGCGUCCAGAUGAGGCACAGCUGAUUGCACAAAAAUCCAGAUCACUGACCAGGCCAAGACCAAGGCCUGUCGAGGUAAAAGAGAGACCUUCGUCCUGCUGCUAUGAGCAGGAACGGAGGGGUGGCGGCUUUGAGAUUAUAAGAAAUGGAGAAACAGGAAUGGAAAGAAAGAGGAACCCUCCUCAGCCUCCAACCAGAAGGGAUAGUUUUAGGGCAACCCGAAGUCGCCCUAAUUCCGGCAACACACGUUGUGCUUCGGCUCCUAUUGAAAAUUCUAGUGUUUCUUCUUAUUAUGAAGAAAAUGAGUCCUCUCUUAAUGUGGAAUCAGAAAUGCAUAAUGGCUUCCCUGCACCAGGAGAAGGUGGCCCAAGUGGGAAUUUUGAGGAUACUUUGGGUCUGCACUGUAUCCAAAGACAGACUGAAGAUAUUAGACAUAUCAUAUGUGAUACUAGUGCUCCUAAAAGCUAUAAAUCAAAGACCACCUCAGAAAACCUCUCUGACCCACUGACAGACUCCUUAGUACCUAAACCACCUUCUGAUUCUGAUUCCUUGCCUGCAGAAACUUCCACCAGUGUUCAAGGGCAGUCCCAUAUUGCCCACACCCAGACCAAGCAGUCCUCUACUGUGCUGCACCGGCACAGUGCCCCUGAAAAGCUCCUUGCUACACAACUUCAGUUACUGCAAUUCAACAGUGACAGCUCCUCUUUCGAGCCUUGUAAUCUAUCAAACCCUUCUGACCCCUCAUUGUCCCCCUGCAGUAGCCAGUGGUCCCCUACAUCACUUCAGCCCACAAGGGAAGACCAGGAAGCUUCUCAAAACCACCUUCAUGCCACGUCAAACAAAUGGGGAGGCAGCCGAUGCUCAACCCCGGGAUCUGUGUUCUUCGAAGGAAAUGGUGAUGAUGGAGACUCAAGAGAGAGGCUGGAUGUAAAUAGAAGGUCUCUCUCACCAGUUCAGCAUCAUAUGCCUUGGGGUCGCUCUGUGAGCGUACCAGGGGAGACCACAGCAUCAUCAGCACAGGAAAGACUGAACUCUGAAAGUGAUUUUAAGCCUCUUAGUGCUGCUGCCAGUGUGGAUACCUUGCUGGAGGAGAAAGGAGCAUUGGACAAAGAAAGAAAUGAAAGAAAAAAAGAGGAAGUUGUAGAAGGUGAGGUAACCACGAAGAAGUCAAACUCCAGGAACCAUCGAAGGAACCGCCGUCGUAAUGAGAGAUUUGCCACCAACCUGCGCAAUGAGAUUCAGAGGAAAAAGGCUCAGCUUCAACGCAGUCGUGGCCCAGGAGGGUUGCUCUGUAGUGGAGAAACUGUCCAGGAGGAGGAUCCAGACCUCAAUGAGGAGGCGGGAGAUGCGGAAUGGCCUGCCCAGGAAAAGGGUGCCAAGGUUGCUUGUACCUCACCUUCUAUUCCCCAAGAUUCCCAGACCUCAGCACCAGUCAAGACAUCAAACCCCCCAAGUGAAUCAGACCAUGAUGUCUUGCAGACUCCCCCUCUGUCUGUAGCCUACCCUCAGAACAACAGCUUGUCCAGGUCUGUCCAGAUUCUUGACCCAGGCGUGCCUAGUUUUGGUGUUGGCAUCCGAGUUGUGGAGGAACCAGCCCCUGCUGGUAAGGCCCGUCGUUGGCGUUGGACCCCUGAGCAUAAACUCCAACCCGAACCAGAACCUCAAGACCGACAGUGCAGAGUCUUGGGUGAAAGAAUUCUAGGGGUCACAGGGUCUCGCCAUGGAGUUUGUGCUUUCACCUCCUCAUCUGCAGCUGCAUACAGUCGCUCCUCUUCAAGUUCACGAACAGAGGAGUCAGAUAUCCUUCCAUUUGCAGAUAGGAUGAAGUUUUUUGAGGAAACGAGCAAGGGUGUGUCUGCGUCAAAUGCCUUGGGGGCUAUCCGGGGCACCAGAGGGGGAGAGCCCCCAAACCAAAGGCGAUACUCCUACCAGGGAGGACAGCAGGAAAGCUCCCUGCUUUCAAAUACUGUGGAGGCCAGGAGGCAGUCAGUGAGCAACAGCAGGGACAGGCAGAAAGAAAAGGAGAGGGAACUAGCGAGAGAAAGGGAGGAGAGGGUGAGGGAGCGAGAGGAGAGGCUAAGAGAAAGGGAGAGGCAGCAGGAGAAGGAAAGACAAGAGAGGGAAUUAGAAAUGGAGAUGGCAAGGCUGAGGGAGAUGGAGCGGGAGAGAGAACAAGAGGAGAGGGUGAGACAGUGGGAAAGGGAGCUUGAGUUAGAAAGGGAAAAAGAAAUGGAGAGAGCCAGAGAGAAAGAGCGACUCAAAAAUCAAAGAGAGAGAGAGCUUGAGCAAGAAAGAGAGAAGGAAAGUCAAGAAGACUGUCAGCUCACCUCUCAUCAGGAGUUUUAUGGUAACUGUGGCUUAAAAGUAAAAAGUCAAGACUUCCAACAACACAAAGACAGCUUCCAGAACUUUCAGCCCAAGCCUCUGACAUGCUCCAACAGCCAAACCCAGAAUCAGGUCUCGCGAUCAGCUUUUUAUCCAGUCAGCACCCUUUCCCAGCCACUGGAGAACUGGCAACCUCUGCACCAGGCAUACACAGCACAGAGCUACAAAUCCACAGAGACGUAUCCCGCCAGGCAGCAGGAAACGACCAAGCUCAACAGGAAGUACAGCCUGACUGAGAGAGACUACCCAAGUUGGAGGAGAGAGUCCAGACCACCAGAGAAUAUCCGUCAGUAUCAGCAGCACCUCCACCAGCCUCGAUGGGGCCCCAGACCUACAGACGGCAGCACCGAUGACCACAACGGAUACGCCUUCGCUCCUCCACCGACUCCUCUUUACCUUCGAGGUCGAGCCAUGUCUGAAAACGAUCUCCGCUUUGACAGCAGCCAACGCUGGUCCCCUUCAAUUUCCAUGGCGACCAGCCAGACCCUGAGUGAGGUGGAGGAAGGCAGCGUGAGGGGUGGAGAUGCAGCGGGCGGUGCCAGGCAAAACAGGAAGAAGGCUCCACCUCCACCGAGACCACCGCCCCCGAAGUGGGAGCAGUUCCACCGCCGGCGUGCGUCUCACCACUCCCUGUUCUCCUCUUCAUCUUCUUUUGCUGCUCCUCCCUCCAUCCAUCCCUCCCUCAACUCCGUAGGGGGACACUAUUCAGCCCACUCGUCCUCCUACACCCCUCCACCCGAAAUGUCCCGGCAGAGGUCCUACAGUCUCCCUCCAGAGAGGCAGGAAGUGGUGGAGGGUGGUUGCCCGCGAUGCAGCUGCAAUCAAAGCCAGGAACGCAUGUUUGCCCCGUCCAAUCAGAAUCAGCCUCAGUUUCAGGAACGCCUCGUUACUGUAGCACCCCCCAGCCCCAUGUUCUCCAGGAGGGCCUUCAGACCGGUGGCUCCGCCCCACAGAGAGAGGGAGGCUGAAUCACCUCUGCCUCCCCCUCCACCACCUCCUCCACCACCAGCACUGGAGAACAGUGUGAACAGUUCAUCUGCGAUGGACGUCGGCCGCCACAGCCAAGACCAGGACAGAAUAACGGUCAAACCUCAUCAACAGCAGCCCAGCCUCAGACCUGGAGCAGAGUGGGAGAGAGCUCCAUCUCCUGGAGUUCACAGCAACACAACACUCCCUCCUGUUUUAGAAAAUGGAGCCAUCGAUGAGGCUUCUAAAAGAUACUUCAGUAGAUCCGACUGUGAGCAGCAACAGCAGCAGCUUCGUAUGAACAGAGGCUUCCAGAUGGAAGAGCAGCAGAAGAUCCCUGAAACAGGAGCCGAAUCAGAGACGACCCUCAGCCCGAGCCCAGCGCAGAGCCUAGAGUGUGACCUAGACGUCCCGCUGGAGACAGACAUCGAUGACUUCCAGGAGGAGGAACUUCCAGCAGAGAACGUGCCAAUCACCAGCGAGCUCCCUUGCUUCGCUCUUCCCGUCAUGGUCCUGGAGACCGACAUCGACACAUUACCAGACUCUAAGGCAUCGCCAUCGGGCAGGCCAAGGGCAGAGAGCAGCUCCCUGGAGGAGGAGCUGGAGGUCGGGGAGAGCAGCAGCAGAGAAGGGCUGAGCCUGGAGGAGAUCUUCCCCCAGGGCAGUGAAGGAGAGUCGGGCACAGAGAGCUGGAGAGGAGCACAACCCGUGGAGCACAGCACAGACAGCUUGGAUAGGCGGUCAGGAGCUAGCUCCAGCUGUUCGUCCUAUUACAGCACGUCCACAGCCAAGGCUCAGAUCCUGUCGCAGAUGAAGGACUUCACAGAUAACAGAGAGCGGGACGAGGAUGACGAGCUGACCUACAAGAAACAGCUGAUGGAGAGCCUCCGGAAGAAGCUGGGAGUGCUGAGGGAGGCUCAGAGAGGCCUGCAGGACGACAUCAGAGCCAAUGCACAGCUGGGAGAGGAGGUGGAGAGCAUGGUGGUGUCGGUGUGCAAGCCCAACGAGGUGGACAAGUUCCGCAUGUUCAUCGGCGAUCUGGACAAGGUGGUCAGCCUGCUGCUGUCACUGUCUGGGAGGCUGCUGAGAGUGGAGACCACGCUGGAUACACUGGACUCUGAGACGGAGCACCACGAGAGGCUCCCCCUGCUGGAGAAGAAGCGUCAGCUCAUGAGGCAGCUGUCCGAGGCUCAGGACCUGAAGGACCACGUAGACCGCAGAGAGCAGGCUGUCAGCCGCGUGCUGGCCCGCUGCCUCUCUCCAGAGCAGCACAGAGACUACAGCCACUUUGUGAAGAUGAAGGCCGCCUUGCUGGUCGAGCAACGGCAGUUGGAGGACAAGAUUCGGCUGGGAGAAGAGCAGCUGAGGGGGCUGAGGGAGAGCCUGGGACUGGGGCUGGGAAUAGGCAUGGGAAUGUCGAUGGGAUACGGACAAUAUUAAGAGAAGAAGAAGAAGAAAGAGCUUUAUUUGUCACAUACAUUUACAUGCAGUGAAAUUCAUUCUCUGCAUUUAACCCAUCACACACAUGGAGUAUGUAGUACACACAGCACAGCA